GGUUGCGCAGGCUCUCACCGAAGGCGUGCCAUUGGUUGCUGUUGGCGGCUGCCCGACGCUGCCCCACGCGUUUCUGGGGGUGCUAGGACCUUCGGGAUGCCCACAAACUUGCUGCCCAAGCCGGCCGCGUUGUUGGGGCUAGUAUGUCUCUUUGUACGCUAGGUCGACGGUCGGGGAGAGCAGGGGCAGUACUGCUGCCAGCAUACGGUUUCAAUCACUGAAGAGGCGCCCGACAACACCGUUCAUACAUUUUGGAACUCGUGUCACAAAUAGCUUGCGCCAACGCCACAUACAAUGGAGGACUGGCAGCCCUCACCUCGCGUGUCCUGGGGCGACGUCGACGACGCCAGCGAGCCGGACACGCCGCCGGCGACCCCGCCGCGCACGCUGCGCGAGCCGCGCUACAGCCGCGGCUCGUCCUCGCGCGAGAUCGACUCGAUCGGCGUCGAGGACGCGCUCUCCCACUCCCUGCACUCGCCGCCCCAGCCCGGUCAGCAGGCGCGCGGCCGCGACGCCGUCGUCGACAAGGGCGUCGAGCGGUCGCGGCGUCAAGAUAGAAGGGGCCCGCGGCCCGCGCGGCCCGCGGCCGCGCCGCCGCCGCCGCGUGUCCUGCCGCAGCGCACCAAAAGCAGCAAUGGCAAGAAGACUAACGGCAAGAAGAAGAAACCGGCGCCCGCGCGGCCGUCUAUCACACUACCGGACCGCGUCGACAAGCGCGAGCGGCCGCGGCGGCCGCGGCGGACCGCCGCGGACGUCGAGGCAGCUUUAAAUUUUGGCGGCGAGCGGUUGGAUGGCGAGACGCCGCGCGAGGGCGCCGCCUGCCGGUCGCCGAAGGCGUCGCCGCGGCGCCUCGGCGCGGAAUUCGACUUCCGCGAAGUGCACGACGACGCGGCCGUCGCGGCGCAGCUGCCGCUCUCGGGGCGCGACGUCGGCGCGACGCUGCGGGGCGCGCCCGUAUCCAAAAUCCCGGCGCCUCUGUUAUCAGCGCGGCUCACGGCGCUCGACGUGUCCGGGUGCGCGCGGCUCAAGUGCGCGGCGCUGGCGCAGCUCGAGCGCGCCGCGGCGACGUUGAAAUCACUAAACUGCGCGGAUUGUGGGUUGGAGGCCCUGCCGGACGCGUGGGCGGCCCUCGGCCGCCUCGAAGUUUUGGACGCGUCGCGGAACCGCCUGCACCGCUGGCCCGAGAACGUCUUCCAACCAUUGAGCGUGGACUUCCUCGCUCAAAGUUUGAGACGCCUGGACCUCGCGCAGAACGAUUUGUUUGAAGUGCCCGCGGGCGUCGCGCGGCUUUCGAAGCUCGCGCACCUGUCGUUGCGCGACAACCGCCUGAAUACGGUCGACGCGGCCGUCUUUUCGAGACCCAUGGUCCUGGACCUGUCGUCGAAUCCGGACCUCGUCGAGCUGCCGCCGGCCGUCGCGUCCUUCGAGGGCCAGCUGAUCGUCCAGAACAACGCGCAGCUCACGACGCCCCCACAACGCGUCCUCGAAUCACAAGAGGCGCCGGCGUUCUUCCGGGCGCUGGGCGACGCCGACCGCGCGUUGGACCGGUCGCGGCGGCGCGCGUACCUCGCGCGGCGCGACGCGGCCUGGCUCGAGCGGCUGCAGGCCGUCGAGCGGCGGGCGGCGCAGCGCGGCGGGCUCCCGCCACCGCAGGGCCCGCCGGACGCCGCGCGGCUGGCGAAUUUGACGCUGACGCUCCAGGCGCAGCUCGACGCUCUGCCGCCGCCGCCGCCGCCGCCGCCGCCGCGGCGGUCGUCGUCGAUGCGCAGCCUCGGCGGCGCGGCCGCGGCCGCCGCGCGGCGGCGCGAGCGGGUCGGCCUCCGCCGCAUCGCGUCGGACGCGGCGGUCGCGGACACCCACGCGACGCCGGCCGGCACGCAGCUGGCGACGCUGGCGACGCCGACGGUGCGCGGCGACUUCGAGACGGCGCGGCACGCGCUCCGCCGCCUGGGCGCCGCCGACGACGAUGAUGAUAUUGAGGUCCUGGCCUGCUUCUGCCUGCCGGAGUCUAUCACUAUGCGGCAGCGCUCCGUGCCCCUGCCGCCGUCGGCCCAGCUCGAUUUGAUGAGGGAGAUGAAGGGCCUCAUCGAAGCCGUGCCGCCGCAGGAGCGGGAGAUCGUGCCGGCGGCGCGCUGGCCCGGCGACGUGCUGCAAGCGGUGGAAAGGGGCCUCAGCCCGCGCAUCUUCCACGUGUCCUCGCACGGCGUGCGCAAGGACACGUGGUGGCACGACGGCGGCGAUACGUUGCUCUUCCACCGCACGGACGGCGGUGCCGCGUUGCCGGAGCGCGAGGAGGUCGUCGACGUGCUCGGGAGCUGCGGCGACGGCCUCGAGCUGUUAUUUCUGAACGCGUGCGCGUCCGUAGAUUUGGCGCGCUACGUCGCGAACAAGCUCCCCGGGCUGAAGGUCAUAUGCUGGCAGGGCCGCGUCCACGACGCCUGCGCGCGGUGCUUCGCGCGCGCGUUUUAUAAUCACGUCGGCGAGUGGCCGGGCGGCGACGUGGCCGUCGCGUUCGCCGCGGCGCUCGCAAUACUACGGCAGGAGUACGUCGUCGGCGACCCGGACCCCUGGCCGCGGCAGCACGUGGCGUGCCUGGGAAACGCGAAGCGCCCCCAGGGGCUGCCGGUGCUCGUGGCUGCCUGA